UUAGAUUGUUCUGGUUCAAGGUUCAUCAUGGGAUUUGCAGUCCACUGCAGUUGGCUUGCUGCACUUUUAUGUCUCCACUUUUUCGGAGGCCAGGUUUGUUGUAAUUGCACAGAGGAGAACAUGGAAAUAGCAGGAGGUCAUUACACACUGACCAAGCAGCUGCAGAAAGGGAGCUUGUUGAUCUACCACUGUUCCGAGGGCUACUACCCGUACCCCGUUAUGACCCGCCUGUGCCAGCAUGAUGACAGCUGGAGAAUGGCGCCCAGGAGAUUCACUCCUCAGAGAUGCAGGGUUGUUGAAUGCCCCGACCCAAAUGUGAUGGAGUAUGGAGAAGUCUUCCCACCCCAAGAGAAGUACUUUGUGAAAAAUGAGACCACGUACGAGUGCUACUCUGGAUACACAAUGCGAGGCUCAGCCAGACGUGUGUGCUUACCAAAUGGGAAGUGGAGCGGCUCCACUCCCAUCUGUAGCCGGGAAUCAGGACACAAUUGUGCUGAUCCUGGUAUCCCAGCUGGCGCUUCAAAAGCAGGGAACAUAUUUGGAAUUGACGAGACGGUGAAAUACAGCUGCAACAGCAACCUGUUUUUGGUUGGGUCCAGUGAGCGAGUUUGUUUGGAGAAUGGCCAGUGGAGUGGCAAAGAGCCAGCGUGCUACUACAAACACACCUAUGACACUUCAUUGGAGGUUUCACAGGCAUUUGGCAGCUCUAUCAGGGAGAGCCUCACCACUUUAGAGUCUCUCAAUGACACACAGGCGGGGAAAACAAUCAGGAUCUCCAAAAAUGGGACGCUGAAUAUUUAUAUAGCAGUCGAUAUUUCUGAGAGCAUCGAGGAGAAGGAUGUCACAAAGGCGAAAGACGCCAUCAUAACACUGAUCAAAAAAAUUGCCUCCUUUACCGUGGAUCCAAACUAUGAAAUUGUCUUUUUCUCCUCUGACUUGUAUGAAGUUGUCAACAUUCUUGAUUUUUUCGGGGGAAAAAAAGUUGAACUAAACGCCAUCAUUAAAAAAGUGGAAGAUUUCAAAGUCGGCCAAAAGAACACAGGAACAGAUCUGAACCUCCUAUUCAAGAAAUUCGAGCAACAAAUGGCUGUUAUAAAGAUACGAGUGGGAAAAGAGCAAUUUAAAGAACAUCGCCACGUCUUCAUCUUAUUUACAGACGGUGCGUAUAAUAUGGGCGGAUCUCCUGAACCCACAUUGGUCAGAAUAAAAAAUAUGGUAUACAUGAACCACACUGUUGAACAGGAGGCUCAAUCAAGGGAGGAAUAUCUGGACAUUUAUAUUUUUGCGAUUGGAAAUGAAAUCUUUGAUGACGACCUGCAGCCCCUCGUAACAGGGCUUGGCGGAAAGCACUACUUCCGAAUGAAGGACAUUGAAGACUUACAAGAGACCUUUGAUGCAAUAAUUGAUGAAGAAGAGGUUAAGGGUCUGUGUGGUCUUCACAAGGAGUAUGAAAUGUUUGGAAAUGCACAAGAAGCAGCAAGGAAAAAGUAUCCAUGGUGGGCGUUCAUUACUAUCCAGAAUGAUGAAGGCAAAUCAAGGAGCUGCAUCGGCUCUCUGGUGAACCCUUACUUUGUCUUGACCGCCGCUCACUGCUUCAAAUUUGGAGAUGAACAGAAGCACGUCAAAGUUGAAAUUGAUGAUGGACAGGGCAGAGUGAAACAAGUGAAAGACUUCAUACUACACCCAAAGUACAAUAUUAACGGUAAAGUGAAAGAAGGCGUGUUGGAGUUUUAUGACUAUGAUGUGGCUCUCAUCCAACUGGAGGAGUAUGUUCAAAUCUCCAGUUCUGUGAGACCUAUUUGCAUACCUUGCACCCAGGAGACUAGUGACGCUCUGCAACUGGUUGGAGUAUCCACCUGCAAGCAGCAAGAGGAGCUGCUGCUCAAAAAUGAUCUUGAAAGAGUCAGUUUCCUGACCAAGAGAGGAAGCUCGGUUGAUGAAAAAGAUGCCCACGCUAAGCUUGGUGGAAGUAGAGUGGAUUGCAUCAAGCAUGCACUGGAGGUACCUAACAUAACAGCGACUGAUCCAAAGGUUGCCGUGACGGAUAACUUCCUGUGCACUGGAGGUCUGACUCCUUUCAGGGAUCAUGUGGCAUGUAAAGGUGACUCAGGGGGAGCUGUGUUCAAGAACUAUGAGCAUCGUACGAUACAGGUUGCGCUGGUCAGCUGGGGAACGAAGGAUCUGUGCGGGUCGGGGGGCGGUAUCGUCGAGUCGGAUCAGACCUCCAGAGAUUUUCACAUUAAUCUUUUCAGAGUUGUUGAUUUCCUCAAAACAAUCCUUGGAAAUGACGAACAGGAUGAAUACUCAACACUUGAGUUUUUGAAGGACUAAAAUGUAUUUGAAUACUGUAAUCAGUUUUGCCAUUUCAGUAAUAUGUUUUGUUUAUCCUGUUUGUUCAAACACCCUGGUUUAUGUGAUUUAAUCAUUUUUCAGAUUGUGCCUUCAAAAUUAAAAAUAUAUAUAUUCAGUUAACCUUUUCUUAUCAAAAGCUACAAAUAAAAAUACAUACAGUACACACACUCGCUUAUUCUCAAAUUGCACAAUUACAGUCGCUCAAUUAGUGAUUAGUUAUGCUGAUCUGUACCCUGUCAUCAUUAUUCAAUAUCGUCAUGGUCAACCAGGAUGUAAAUCAGUUAAUAAACUAUAAAUCACUAUAAA